AUGCAUCCUCUCCGGCUGCUCAUCCUCGAGGCCGACACGCCGCAGCCGGACACAGAGGCCAAGUAUGGCGGCUACGGAGGCGUCUUCACUGCGCUGUUGACGGCGGCGGCGGAGGCCAUGGAUCCGCCGCGGAAGCUGUCAGAGGUGGCCACGGUCACGGCGCACAACAUUGUCGAGGACAUGCAUGCGUACCCGCCGCUGGACGAGGUCGACGCCAUUCUCAUCACCGGGUCGCGUCACACGGCUUAUGAGGAUGACCCCUGGAUUCUCAAGCUGGUGGAGUACACAAGGCAGGCCAUUGACUCCGGCCGCAUCAGAGUCGUGGGCGUGUGCUUUGGCCACCAAAUCGUUGGCAGGGCUAUGGGUGCGCGCCUCGGCAGGAGUGAUAAGGGCUGGGAGGUUGCUGUCACCGAGGUCGACUUGACCGACAAGGGCAAGGACAUUUUCAAGCUCGACAAGAUGCGCAUCCAUCAAAUGCAUCGUGAUGUUGUUCUAGAAUACCCCAAGGGUUCCAUCCCUCUGGGUGGCAAUGACAUAUGCCCAGUCCAAGCCAUGUACAGCCCUGGCCGGUACAUCACCGUCCAGGGACAUCCCGAGUUCACAGAGGAAAUCGUCUCCGAGAUCCUCACCAACCGACACAAAGCCGGCAUCUUUACCGAUGACAUGUACGACGAGGCCAUGAAGCGCGCGCCUAACGAGCAUGACGGGGUCAAAAUUGCAAAGGCGUUUCUCGACUUCAUGAGGCACGGUUAA